AUGCUACCUUCAUAUCUUUCGUUCGAUAGUAGCCAAUCGGUUGACAAUAGUAGGGAAUGUCUAGAUAAUCAUGGCAGUGAAUCUGCAAGUUCAAUAUUUACGGUGGAGCCAUACAUGUUACGCACUCAACUGCUAAUAUUGGACUACAAGCAGUUCAAGUCCGCGCGCACCAUACAAAGGCAUGCUCGCGGCUUCAUCGUUCGUAAGAGAAUCCAGAGACAACAGAAGUCGGCCACAGUUAUUCAGAGAGCUUGGCGCCGCUGUGUGGCCAAGCGACAUUUGAUUCUCUUCGCACAGGAGCGCACUCAAGAGUCGAUACAGAUCAUGUUCCACGAUUCGUGUGUGAAGAUACAGUGCUACUUCCGCGGUUGGUGGUCGCGCAAGUAUGUUAACAAUAUGCUCUUCCUCAAGAAUAUGCAGCUGCAAUGCUUGGAGGAGCUGAUAUAUGCGUAUGCCUUGAAGCUGCACACAAUGUUGCGAACUGGACAUUUACCGGGAUAUAUUAGUUUGUGUGAGGAGCCGUACAGCUCAAAAAUAGCUGACUUCCUAACGAUAUUGACCUAUCGAUUCUAUAAUCGAUACGUGUGCAAUAAAUAUAUGGUAAAGAGAUCCGAUAGGGAGAAACAUCGACGCGAUUUCAAGGCUGCCGCUUUUACUACUGGUCUGCCAUAUAUGGGCUUCAAUCACAAUAGUGCAUGCAAGCACUGGGCGCCUCAAUAUGAUAUUGUGCCCAAGGAGUAUGACAAUCGUCAAUACGAUGUUCUACAGAUCUUUUCGACACAGAGUCAAAUGACCGAAUUACAGAAACGGUUUCUGGAAAAAGAAAGGGCAUUGAGGAAGAGCAUUCGAUCUGGUGAAAAGGAAUCACUUUUCUGCCGAGAUGUCGCAAAUAGCAUGCGAUUCUGGCGCGCCUGUGAUGUGUGCAAGCACAAGGUCACGGACAGCCUAAUGGGUGAUCAAUUUAAGGUUUAUCUAUCGAAUAUCAAAUUAUUUUUGGAGCAAAUGCAGUUUGUGGCCAACUGCAAUUGCUCGCUGGAUAAGAAACAGGCAGAGCUUCUAAAAUGCAAUCCGAAAUCAUAUAGCAAACCAAUUGUACCUACAAGCCAAAAGCGAGUACUUAAAGGAAGCUAUCAAACCUUAAUAUCAUAA